CUGCUUUGUCACUAAUAGUUCUUUUACUUCUUUAAUGACUGAGCCGUGAUGUUCAAUCCUCUGACUUGAGGUUGUAAAUAUGAAAAGAGGACAAACAGCAUAUAGCAUGAAUGAUUGUGAUUGGGAGCUGAGCCCCCCUAAAGACGGAGAUGGAAAAGGAGGAAAGAAAAGUAACUGUCCUCCUCUGGCGGAGCGUCGCCGUGCGGCACCAGGCGGAAGUAAACCAGGAAAAGGCGGAAGUGCCGUUAGCUUUAUUGACUGAGCAGGAAGUGUGUUGUUGUUGUUGUUGUGUGAGCUGAGUGUGUGAGCCGAGUGUGUGAGCUGUGGCAGUAACAAUGCCUUCAGUUCAGUAUCUGAGAGAGUUUAUCAACGAGCGACUAACUGCUGCUGCUGAACAAAUAUUCUUGGAGUUUGAAAAAACGAUCGUCCAGUACGAGGAAGAGAUCGACCGUCAGCGCAGACUGCUGGAUAUCACCUGGAAACCCCAAAUCAAGCUGCACAGGACAGACCUCCAACAGCAACAUGUCUGUGGUGAGGAGGAGGAGGAGGAGGAGGUUCAGCAGAGGAACCGAACACAGUCUCUACAGAUUAAAGAGGAACAGGAGGAGCUGUGCAUCAGUCAGGACGGGGAGCAGCGUGCACUGAAGGAGGAGACUGAUACCUUUAUGGUGACUGUAACUUAUGACGACAGCGACCUCAGUGAACCUGACCUGGACAGCGACCAGCUCGGCUCUCGCAGCUCUCUUCUAUACGAGAGCCGAGAUCAGGAAGGAAGCGAGAGCUUCGAUUCUACUUCAACUGCCACUAGAAACAUAAGUCAGAGUAGCAACGCAGAAAUCUUUCCCACAUCAGAGAGUCAGUGUAACACCGACACAGUCACCAAAUCUCUAAAAUGCAAUGUUUGUGGAAAGGUCUUUAAGCCUUUUAGUGACCCGUUAGCAUUUAAGAGACACAUGGCAGUCCACUCGGGUGAAAAGCCAUACUCCUGCAAAACGUGUGGGAAAAGUUUCACUAAAAAUAGUACUUUACUGGGCCACAUGAGAGUUCACACAGGGGAGAAGCUGUAUUCUUGUGAAACGUGUGGGAACAGUUUUACUCGAAAAGGUAGUCUGCUGGUGCACAUGAGAAUCCACUCGGGCGAGAAGCCGUACGUUUGUAACACCUGCGGCGAACGGUUUUGUUACUUAUCGGCGCUUAAAAAGCACAAGGCGGUGCACACGGGCGAGAAGCCGUAUUCCUGCGAAACGUGUGGGAAAGGUUUUACGGAGCGUGGCAGUUUGUUGGUCCACAUGAGAAUCCACUCGGGCGAGAGACCGUAUACUUGUAAAACCUGUGGGAAAAGUUUCACUAAAAAAUGUACUCUGUUGGUGCACAUGAGAAUUCACACCGGCGAGAAACCGUAUUCAUGUAAAAUCUGCGGGAUGAGUUUCAGUAAAAAUGGUGGUUUGUUGGUCCACAUGAAAACUCACACAGCUGAGACGCUGAAGUCGGACAUUUCUGUGGGAAAAGACUCUCUAGCUGUCGGAGCCGCGAUGUCGUCAGUUCGCUACCUGAGAGAGUUUAUCAACGAGCGACUAACUGCUGCUGCCGAGGAAAUCUUCCUGCAGUUUGAAAAAACGAUCGUGCAGUACGAGGAAGUGAUCGACCGUCAGCAGAGGCUGCUGAGCAUCACCUGGAAGCCCGAAACACAGCUUCACAAGACAGUCCCUCCAGACGUCCCACAGCAGCAUGUCUGUAAGGAGGAGGAGGAGGUUCUCCCCGAGCAGCAGGAGAGGAGCUCCAGUCUGGACCAGGAGGAACCAGAACCUCCGCAGAUUAAAGAGGAACCCGAGGAACUGUGCAGCAGUCAGGAGGGAGAGCAGCUGGUGCUGAAGGAGGAGAUCGAUACUUUUUUGGUGACUGAAACUUAUGAGGAAAGCGAGCACAGCGAAUCAGAGCCGGACAGCGAUCAGCUCCUCUCUCACAGCUCUGCUGAGAGAACCGAGAUCCGAGACCAGGAAGGAGUCAGGAGCGCAGAUCCAGGAGCGUCUAGAAGUCACAGCAGCAACGCAGAAGACUCUCCUGUGUCAGAGAGUCAGUGUCACGCCACCACAGGGGAAAAGUCUUUAACGUGUGGCUUUUGUGGGAAAGCCUUUAAGAACAAGUACAAGAUGAUUGAUCACCACAGAGUCCACACGGGUGAGAAGCCGUAUUCUUGUGAAACGUGUGGGAGGAGUUUCACUCAGAGGGGAACGCUGACUGUCCACAUGAGGACUCACACAGGCGAGAAGCCGUAUUCCUGCAAAAUAUGUGGGAAAGGUUGCACGGUGAGGAGUAAUCUGAUGGUCCACAUGAGAACGCACACGGGUGAGAUGCCUUACCUGUGUAAUACCUGCGGGGACAGAUUUUCAGACUUGUCGACAUACAAAAGACACACGACCGUCCACACGGGAGAGACGCCGUAUUCCUGCGAAACGUGUGGAAAGGCUUUUAACCGAGGCAGUAAUCUGCUGCGCCACAUGAGAACUCACACAGACGAGAGGCCUUAUUCCUGUCAAACGUGCGGGAAAAUGUUCACACGCAGUAAUCAUUUGUUGCGCCACAUGAAAAUUCACAUGGGGGAGGAGUCCCAGUACCAGGACCUGGCUGCCGCUGCGGGACCUGGCUGGUGGUGUUUGCUGAGGUGUCUGGAGGCCUCUCUGAGGGGCCCACGCGAGGCCCAGCCUGCUCCGUGGGCAUGUGCUGUGGCAGUAACAAUGCCUUCAGUUCAGUAUCUGAGAGAGUUUAUCAACGAGCGACUAACUGCUGCUGCUGAACAAAUAUUCUUGGAGUUUGAAAAAACGAUCGUCCAGUACGAGGAAGAGAUCGACCGUCAGCGCAGACUGCUGGAUAUCACCUGGAAACCCCAAAUCAAGCUGCACAGGACAGAUGUCCCAGAGCAGCCUGUCUGUGAGGAGGAGGAGGAGGAGGUUCUCUCUUCUCAGCAGCUCUGGAACCAGGAGAGGAGCUCCCGUGUGGACCAGGAGGAACCAGAACCUCCACAGAUUAAAGAGGAACAGGAGGAACUGUGCAGCAGUCAGGAGGGAGAGCAGCUGGGACUGAAGGAGGAGACGGAUACCUUUAUGGUGACUGCUGCUGAGGAAGGAGAGCACAGUGAACCAGGAGGAGGCAGCGAGCACUUCUUCUCACAAGGUUCUGAGACCUUUAUGCGUAUUCAGUCCAAAUCCAAAGAAAUUUCAGUUCCAGAUGUUCCACAGCAGCCCGUCUGUGAGGAGGAGGUUCUCCCUGAGCAGCAGCUCUGGAACCAGGAGAGGAGCUCCAGUGUGGACCAGGAGGAACCAGAACCUCCACAGAUUGAAGAGGAACAGGAGGAACUGUGCAGCAGUCAGGAGGGAGAGCAGCUGGGACUGAAGGAGGAGCCUGAUACCUUUAUGAUGACUGCUGCUGAGGAAGGAGAGCACAGACCAAACAUGGAGCAGCUCCUCUCUCACAGCUCUGCUGUAGAUCAUGGAGAAAGCAGGAACGUUGAUUCAACUAGAAAUAAAGUGUUAGCACCAACGAGACAUCUUAGGAACAAAAGUCACAGUAACGGUGUAGACCCCCACAUGUCAGAGAGCCAGUGCAACACUGACACAGUGAAAAAGCUCGUAACAUGUGAUGUUUGUGGCAAAGCCUUUAAGAGAAGGUCCCGAAUGAAGGACCACUACAGGACCCACACAGGUGAGAAGCCUCAUUCUUGCAAAACGUGUGGAAAAAGCUACACUCAGAGGAGCGCUUUGACUGUCCACAUGAGAAUCCACACAGGCGAGAGGCCGUACCCCUGUAAGACAUGCGGGAAAAUGUUCACGUACAGUAGCAUUUUGUUGGCACACAUAAGAACUCAUACAGGUGAGAAGCCGUACCACUGUAAAAUAUGUGGGAAAGUGUUCACGUACAGCAGCCAUUUGUGGCGCCACAUGAAGAGUCACCCAGGUGAGAAGACGUAGUUUUCAAAGUUUAUUAAAGGAAACUGUGAAAGUCAGGAAAUAUUAAGUGUUUGCUGUGUACGACUGGAUUAUUGUCAACUACUGCUGAAUCAGAGUGAGUGUAUGAGAGUGAUUUUCAUGUGUACCAGCACAGGAGAAAGAAGUAAUGCUUGUGUCAAACAGACAUUGAUGGUCCUCACAGAGCAGUUUUGAAAGGAGCCCAAAUGAAGGAAGUUUUCACUUGUACUUUUUGGGGUUGGACUUUAGGGGGUGCUCAUGAGAAGGCAGCAGCGGAGGACUCAGCAUCUGGAUUGACGUUUUUGUAACUAGUCUUGUACUGUUGUGUAGUUAGUGAAGUUAAUCACACCAGUAUAAUGUGAAGGCUGGGUUGCCAUGGUAACACCAGGAUAAAAUAAAUAAGUAAAUUUCACAGAUUUUGUUUGGACUUUCUCAGGGUGCAUCAGGAGCUUUUUAAUGAAAAGGUUGGAUUUUAAGUUCUGACAAAUACCUGAAAAGUUAAAUAAAAAUAAUAAAAGUUAAAUAAAAAUAAAGCCGGCCUUGGACUGAAGGAACGAACCCUGAUCCAUGUUUGUUGGAUGAUCUGAGUGGGCUUUAUCCAUGACUACUCCAUCACUCUGGUCAGGAAUGGAUCGACAGCAUGUUCAGCGUCUUCGUCUGAAACUGGUUUAUCAUCAGAUUUUAAAUCACUGAUGACUGGAGAAUGAUAAAGUUUAAGAAGCUGAAGGAUCCGGACUGAUGUGUGAUUAUCGUUCAAAUAAACGAGGGAAACGUUUCAGCCAAACUACAGAUUCAAGAACUGCUUGGAAACAUGUUUCAGACUGAAAGCAGCUUCAAACUGUUCAUGAAGAAGCUCAGAGUUUAUUACAUGUGAUGUUUCUGAAGCCGCAGUUCAAACAGCUGAGCUUUUUGCUGCUGGAUUAACAGCUGUGUGCUUUUACAACAGCUGGAUGUUUGUGCUUCUGUGUUAGUGACAGAGAGACAGAGGGCUGGACGUGGUGACUGUCAGUGAGUCUGAGUUAGUGUCUUGUCACCAGUGGGAAGGAGUCUCUCUGUUCUCUGUUAAUAUAAAAGCUGUUUUCUGUGUGUGUGUGUGUGUGUGUGUUUUAAGUUUAACGUUUUGAUCAGUUUGUGAAAUAUAAAAAAGCGUGAGGUUUGGCCGCUCGUAUCAUCCGUCUGUAUCACAUCAGCAUCACACUGUCUAAGAUGUAAUGCUGCUAUAUUUAAUAUCUGAAGUGUUUUGCUGCAGAAUCCUUUCAUAUUUGUACAAAACACACAAAUACUUUAACCUCCUGCAGUAGAAUAGCAAUAAAAUAGUUAAAGAAAUAAAAUUCCUGCAUGAAUUCCUGUUGAUGGAGGCCUGAUUGUGCUCCUGGUCGUCACUGUUAGGUUUUCUUCCACACAGUUGACCUCCUGGCCCGUCUGCUGAACGCUGCUGUGCUCUCACUUCAUGUCUCAUUCUCUCUGAAUGCUGGAUUUCAUCUUUUAAACUGUGCCUCAGGCUUUUGUCACACUCAGAUGUUGAAGUUUAGUUUCUGCCCAGCUCGAGUCUUUUUCUUAUUUAAUAGCACAUUAUUUAAUGUACCAUGAGAAAACUGAAGCAGAUGUACAGCGUGGAAAUAUGAAAGUCUCUGUGUAAAUAAAGUUUUUACAACAUUU